CUGGUCUCGCGCGAGCUGGGCGCGAGUUCUCGUGAGAUCUCGGUGCAGGACAAGGAGGGAGAUCCAAGCAGGAGCGACGGAGCCGGCUGCGGCGGCAGAGAGCUCACAAUGGAGAACCUGGAGGAUAAUACAACUGUGUUCUCCACCCUGAGAUCUUUCAAUAAGUUCAUUUCACAGCGUGUGGAGGGGGCAUCUGGGCCAGCCACACCAGGAUCAUUUCAAAGUACCUUGCAUAUGCAGUACCAGCAGAGGGUGCAGAUGGAGGAAGAAGCUGGGCAAAUCCGUUCCAAAUCUCAGCUCCUGCAAGUGGAACGGGAGAAGAUGCAGAUGGAGCUGAGCCACAAAAGAGCUCGCAUUGAGCUGGAGAAGGCAGCUAAUACUAAUGCUAGGAGCUAUGAGCGAGAGGCUGACCGUAACCAGGAGCUCCUCACGCGUAUAAAGCACUAUCAGGAAAAGGAAGUGGAGGCUGAGGCUAAGCUGAAGGAACAAAUGGAGAUGAAUAAAUCCUAUAAGAAGAGCAUGGAGACUGUGAGCAAGAAGCUGCAGGAGAAGGAGAGCAAACUGGCCGAAGCUAAUGAAAUGAUCAGCGGAUUGAAGGGGAAAAUAUCUGAGUUGCAGUGGAGUUUAAUGAAUCAGGAGAUGCAAAUGACAAGUCAGGAAUCUCAGAAGCAGGAGCUGAUGGAACAGCUGGAUGUGCAACACAAAAAAUGUCAGGAGGCCAACCAGCAAAUCCAGUUGCUGCAAGCAAGCCAGUCUGUGUUGGCAGAACACGAGCAGAAAAUUAAGGAUCUUGAACAGAAGCUCUCCCUGCAGGAACAAGAUGCUGCAAUUGUGAAGAACAUGAAAACAGAGCUGGCCCGAUUCCCAAAGAUGGAGCGGGAACUGCUCCAGCUCAGGGAGGAUAAUGCCUACUUCAGGGAAAUGAAGGAAAACAAUGGGUUACUUAGAGAGGAGGUGGAAGGUCUCCAGAGGAAAUUGGAGCGCUAUGAGAAGGUUCAGGCAGAUCUAGUGACCCUUGAAUUGGAGAAUGAGAAACUUCUGGGAAAGUUGAAAAGCUGGGAAAAACUAGAUGAGAGCACUGGCUUAAAUAUCAGGACCCCUGAUGAUCUCUCAAGGCAGAUUGUUGCCCUGCAACAGAGGGAGCUUAUGCUGAAAGAGCAGAACUCUACCAUCACAAACAGUGCCAGGAUAUUAGAGAAGGCUCGGCAACAGCUACAGGAAGAGGUAUUACGGAUCCAGAGCCAGCUACUGGAUGAGAAGAAAAAACGUGAGCAGCACGAAGGUCUUGUCAGACGCUUGCAGAAACGAGUGCUGCUGCUUACCAAGGAGCGUGAUGGAAUGAGAGCAAUUCUGGAGUCAUACGACAGUGAGCUGACCCCAUCGGAGCACUCGCCCCAGUUGAGCCGGCGCAUGCGUGAAGCAGAAGAAAUGGUGCAGAAGGUGCAUGCGCACAAUGCUGAGAUAGAGGCUCAGCUGUCCCAAGUUUUGGAAGAAGUGGGGACCCAGAAGCAAAGAGCAGAUAUGUUGGAAGUGGAGCUAAAGAGCCUGAAGUCUCAGGCAUGCACAGCAGCUCAGAGCACCUUCAUCACUACUGAGGAAGUGAACGCACUCAGGUUAAAAAUUGAAGAGUUGGAGGCUGAGCGAGGGCGGCUAGAAGAAGAGAACAAGUCUCUGGAAAUGAAAUUGGAAAAGCUCACUCUCCAGGGUGACUAUGACCGCAGUAAAACCAAAGUGCUUCACUUCAGCAUGAAUCCAGCAAGCCUGGCCAAGCAGCAGCGAAAGGAGGAGCAGCACCAGCUCCAGGAGGAGUGUGAGAGGCUGAGAGAGCUGGUCAGGGUCCUGGAAGGAGGAGGCUCUAUCCCUGGGAAUCUUGAGAUGGUCGGAAGUUUGCAGUCACCCCAAGAAGUUGCAGAGCUGAAGAAGCAAGUGGAGAGUGCAGAACUGAAAAACCAACGGCUGAAAGAGGUUUUCCAGACCAAGAUCCAGGAGUUUCGCAAGGUGUGCUACACACUGACAGGAUACCAGAUUGACAUUACUACUGAGAACCAGUACCGGCUCACCUCCAUUUAUGCUGAGCACCAAGGGGACUGCUUGCUCUUUAAGGAAGGAAGAGGAUGCUGGAGAAAUUCAGUAAGAGAGGAGGAUGUGCAAGCAAAACUUCCAAGGGUUCAGCUUCAGCAGACUUCAGGCCAGUGUGUGUGCAGGCCCGAGUCUUAUUUUUUAGGUCAUGAGAUUAAUGUUUUCCUGUCACUAUACAUUGGAGCUCCAAAACAAAACUCACCAGUCACAAGCCAUUAACAGUGAAAAUGAAGACAGAAGUGAGGAACCUGGGUAGGAACUAGGAUGAGGCCUAGCAACAGUACCGUGCUUGGCUUCACGGCUUCUGAUUUUGUCCUGGACCAGCUGGGGAAGAGACGCUGUUGAAGGAGAACACUCUGCCUCUAGGAAGAAGAAGCAUCUUGUAUCACUUUGGAGAAACUAUCCUUGGACAACCAAGGAGCAGCCAUGUCCCACCCUCCUUGGUUGGAAGGCACUUCACAUGCAUCAGAUCCCUGAGGACACCUUCACCCCUUCCAGAGAACAGCUGGCAGCUAAGACAGAGCAAUGAAUUAAUGUGAUAACCUUAAUGCCUCUGGAAUCCUGUGUUCAAAGAUGCCUUGUCAUAAGUUAAAUGAAUAUGGCUCAUCCUGGCUCCUAAUAUCUUUGGCCACAUUAUACCCAGCACCAUAUAAUUUGGUACAACUAACAGCGUUUUCUGUAAAGAGGGCAAUGGCUUACUAGCAGAGAUGUUACAUGCAGGUCAGGGCUGAGUGCAUUAGCAAAGCGGUGUAUAGGAAGAUUGCACAUUGCCCACCUGAAUUAUAGCUCCCCAGUGUCCUCAUUCAUUUACCUCCAAAUUCUUCUUCACGCCGUACCAAAAUAAACUGGCCAGUUGUUGGAAAAUACUAAGUGAGCAGAGACGCUUAUCGCUAAAUACUGAUCUUGCUUUACUUGCUUCACUUACGGCUUCAUUCCCAAGUGUUUCCGUAGAACUAAAUUGGAUGUCACCAGACAUGGCAGGAGAAGUUUAGAGCGCCACCAUUUUCAGGAGGCACCCUUCAAGAACAGUCUCACAGAACUGUUGAUUGAUUUAUAGGCUUCCCUUGCACGUCGUACCUCACGUCCCAAAAGUGAGGAAUGGGUUUCCUUUAUAUAAGAAGAGCAGAUUUGAAAUUCCUGUGACAACAGAAGCCCCGCAACAAAAUCUUGGAAUGUUUCUCAUGCCUUAACCAGUUGCAUCCCCAAAAUCUAUUGUUCAGAUUAAGAGCAAAAUAUAUACAUCAAAUUCUUUCCUGCAUGAGUACAGAUUGCUGAUGGCCAGAUAUACAAUAAGGCUUGGAUCCUGAUUAUGGCUUCUCAGUGGGGUUGUAUGUUUAUGCUGUAGAAUCUCUGAGCUGUAACUGACUGUGGGUGUUUGUGUGCAUUGCAUUAAGCUGGAGAGGUCACAAGGCAGGAAACACUGUUUGUAUUUAUUUCACUCAGGCAAUUUAUGGAGCAGGUUCUAUAUAAUUAGGACCAAACAAGUCCCUUCACACUUUACAAGCUUCUGCAGCUUGUCUGUAAACUUUAGGGCACGUUUCAGUAAUACAGCUGGUGGCAUUUAAUUUUC